CUCACACCGGAGUCACUUCCGAAGAGAGAACCGCCAUGAAGAGAGUAGGGGGUGCCGCCCACCUCUGCACCGACAGCCUCCCCGAGUCCCAGCAGCAAGACGGCAACCACGCACCCAGCUUCUCCAGCCACAGCUCAUGCCGCCGUCGCCAGCGGCGCCGACAUGACAAGGCGCUGCAUGCCCGCUAGGCCAGGUUUCCCCUCAUCCCCAGCCCCGGGGUCGUCGCCCCCGCGCUGCCAUCUGAGACCCGGUAGUACCACCCCUGCUGCAGCGGGAAAAAGAACAGAGAGUCCUGGGGACAGGAAGCAGUCAAUCAUAGAUUUCUUCAAGCCAGCUUCAAAACAAGACAAACAUAUGUUGGAUUCUCCUCAAAAAUCAAACAUCAAAUUCAGAGGAAAUGGAUUAUCCAUCACUGGGACAGAGCAAUUUGAAAGGAAAUUAUCUCCACCAAAAAAGCCUAAACCCAAGAGAAUGUCAUCAGAAGAAAGUCCUAUUGUAGAAGCGUUCAUGAAAGGUGGGAAAGAGCAGCACAAAGAUCGUGGUGUCCAUGAGUCCCGUCGGCCUUGUAUGUCUCUAAGCACCAAAUAUUUACCCAAAGGAGCGGGCAUCUAUGCUCCUUCCUCUUAUCGAUUGCCCAAAGAGAUCAAGGUACGGAAGAAAAAACAUCGGUCUCCUGAGAGAAGGAAGUCAUUGUUCAUUCAUGAAAGUAACAGGGAGAAGAAUGACAGAGAUCGAGUCAAGAACAGUGAAGACUCCAGAAAACAGGCCCCGGCCACAGAAGGUGACAUCUUCAAGAACAGCUCCAGAAGUGUUAGUAGCAGAAGCAGCCUAUCCAGGCACCAUCCAGGAGAAAGCCCACUGGGGGCGAGGUUCCAGUUGUCAUUAGCUUCUUACUGCCGAGAACGAGAACAGAAGAAGUUGAGAAAGGAACAGUUGGAGCAGAGAAUCAACUCGGAAAAUUCUUUCUCAGAAACAAGCAAUCUUUCCUUAAAGUCCUCUGGUGUAGGGAAAAAAUGUAAGCCAAGGCAUGAGCACAGCAAACACAGUGAGGCUGUACCUGGGAAGAGCAAUCUCUCAAAUCUGGAAAAUGGACAUCUCUCAAGAAAAAGAUCAUCUUCAGACUCAUGGGAACUUUCAGGCUCUAAACAGAAUAAAUUCUCCGACAAAAGAAAAAGGAACUCUGUGGACUCAGACCUGAAAAGCACAAAAGAACCUGUCAUACCAAAAGCAAAAGAGUCCUUCCUGGAGAAGCGCCCAGACACAUCCCAUCAGAGAGAAAAGUUUAUAAGGCACAUUGCACUGAAGACUCCUGGUGGUGUUCUGCGCUUGGAAGAUAUAGCCAAGGAGCCUGAUGACGAAACAGAUCACUCUUCUGCAGACUUGGCACCCUCAAAUUCUGGCCACCAUUCUUCCAGGAAUAGUGACCAAGGCCACUCAGCAAGUACCAAAGAGACUAAAACACAGAAACCCCACUUACCUUUACCUCAGGAGAAGUCUACAAUUAAAAGAGCUAGCAGCCUUCAGAAAAGCAAACCGCCUGCCUCUGUGACAGCAAAGGAGACAAAGCUGCCUUUCCUCUCCCAUGUUCCAAGUGCUGUUUCCUCUCGAGUACCACUAAAUACUAAAAAUUGCACUCUUCCAGUUCCUAAAAAAGAUAAAGAGCGUUCCUCCUCAAAAGAACGUUCUGGGCAUUCUACAGAAUCCUCCAAACACAAGGAACACAAAGCAAAGACUAUUAAGGCUGUUUCUAAUGAAUCUUCAGGGAAAAAUUCUGGGGGAUCUUUGCCUUCAGAGUACGCCCCUCCAACAGCGUCUCCCCCAGCUGCCUUGGAAGUUGUGCCGAGUGUCCCAAGCCCUGCAGCACCUUCAGAUAAAGAGAGUUCAGGAAAUUCCAAUGCAGGUAGCAAUGCACUGAAAAGGAAAUUCAGGGGUGAUUUUGAUAGUGAUGAAGAAAGUUUAGGUUACAACUUAGAGAGUGAUGAGGAAGAGGAAACACUAAAAUCACUGGAAGAAAUAAUGGCUCUGAACUUCAGUCAGACUCCUACAACUUCAGCAAAGCCUCCUGCAUUUUCCAAGGGGCUUAGAUCCCAGUCGUCCGACUACAUGGAAUAUGCUCAGACUGGAACUUACACAAAUACCUUAGAGCGACUGGUAAAGGAGAUGGAAGAUACACAGAGGCUAGAUGAACUACAGAAACAGCUACAGGAAGACAUAAGACAGGGCCGUGGCAUUAAAUCUCCUAUCAGAAUUGGUGACCAGGAUAGUACAGAUGAUGAGGAUGGCCUUUUGGAGGAACACAGGGAAUUUCUAAAGAAAUUUUCAGUUACAGUUGAUGCUAUUCCUGAUCAUCAUCCAGGUGAAGAAAUAUUUAAUUUCCUCAAUUCUGGAAAAAUUUUCAAUCAAUAUACCUUAGAUUUAAGAGACUCUGGUUUUAUUGGAGAAAGUGCUGUGGAAAAGCUUAUUCUCAAAUCAGGAAAAACAGAUCAGAUUUUUUUGACAACACAAGGCUUCCUUACCACUGCAUACCACUACGUCCAAUGUCCUGUACCUGUGUUAAAGUGGCUGUUUCGGAUGAUGUCGGUUCACACAGAUUGUAUUGUGUCGGUGCAGAUUUUAAGUACAUUGAUGGAAAUAACCAUUAGAAAUGAUACUUUCAGUGACUCUCCGGUUUGGCCCUGGAUCCCAUCAUUGUCUGAUAUAGCAGCUGUAUUCUUCAACAUGGGUGUUGGGUUUGGAUCUUUGUUUCCUCUGGAAACUCUUCAGCCUGACUUUAAUGAAGACAAUCUAAUUUCUGAAACACAGAAAACACUGGGGGGAAAAGGAAGUGAAGAUUCAUCUUAUAAUCCAGUAUUUUCAGCUCUUCCUGAAACCAACAUUUUAAAUGUGGUUAAGUUCCUGGGCUUGUGUACAUCCAUACACCCAGAAGGUUACCAAGACGGAGAGUUAAUGUUGCUGAUUUUAAUGCUGUUUAAAAUGAGUUUGGAAAAAGAGCUUAAACAGAUUCCAUUAGUAGACUUCCAGAGCCUCCUGAUAAAUCUUAUGAAAAACAUCAGAGAUUGGAACACAAAGGUUCAUGAACUCUGUCUGGGCAUAAAUGAACUCUCCAGUCAUCCCCAUAACCUUCUUUGGUUGGUACAGCUAGUCCCUAACUGGACAUCUCGUGGAAGGCAGCUGAGGCAGUGCCUCAGUCUGGUGAUUAUUUCAAAGCUUUUGGAUGAAAAACAUGAAGAUAUUCCUAAUGCCAGUAACCUUCAGGUCUCAGUCCUGCAUCGAUAUCUAGUGCAGAUGAAGCCUUCUGAUUUGUUGAAGAAAAUGGUCUUGAAGAAAAGGGCCGAACAGCCAAAUGAAACUAUUGAUGACAGUCUUCAUUUAGAACUUGAAAAGCAGGCGUAUUACCUGACCUACAUUCUUCUUCAUUUAGUUGGGGAAGUUAGUUGUUCUCAUUCUUUUUCUUCUGGACAACGGAAACACUUCGUGCUGCUUUGUGGGGCUUUGGAAAAGCAUGUGAAGUGUGAUAUUAGGGAAGAUGCGAGACUUUUCUACAGAACUAAAGUCAAAGACUUGGUUGCCAGGAUACAUGGAAAAUGGCAGGAAAUAAUCCAGAACUGUCGGCCUACUCAGGGGCAGCUUCAUGACUUCUGGGUACCAGAUUCCUAACAGAAGUUACAACAGCAAAUCUACAAACGGAGAAGGGCCUUUCCAAGAGGAUUGCUGUGGGAUCCCAGAUGCUGAGGCGCGCGCUGUGGGCCACUU